GCCGCGCGCGGUGAAAGAGCGGGAAGGGCGGUUGGAGAGGGAGGAGCGAGCGGUUACUCACUCCAUGGCGGCGGGAAGGAGAGGCGGCGGCGGCCUCUGCUGAAGAGAGAAGCGGGAGCGGAAAGCGCAGGCGCGGUCCCUGGUGCUCAGUAUCACUUCUUCUCCUCCUCCUGGCAGAGCCCCAGACAUUUGGCCACCAAGACCUGCUGAGUCUCUCAGCUGCCGACACCGCAGCUUUGCCCUGGGAGCGGAGGAGCCACUGCCCCGAGAGCCCGGAGUCAUGAGCGGCUUUAACUUUGGAGGCACUGGGGCCCCCACAGGCGGGUUCACGUUCGGCACCACAAAGACAGCAACCACCACGGCCACCUUGGGGUUUUCCUUCACGCCUGGCACAGGGGGUUUCAGCUUUGGGACCCCAUCCCAGCCUGCCACAAGCGCCCCUUCUUCUAGCCUCUUCUCCCUCACCACCCAAGCGCCAGCCACACAGGCCCCGGGAUUCAGUUUUGGAUUGGCCACCCCGGCUUCCAGUGGAAUGGGGUUUUCCUUGGGGAUGAACACUCCCAAGCUGAGCUUGGGUGGCACUGCUACCACCCAGGCCACGGUGAACCCCAGUGGCCUCGGGCUUGGCAGCAGCUCCCUUACUAGUGCCCCGAGUGCCGUCACCUCCGGCCAGGGGAUGGCCCCCACUGGCUUUGUAUUCGGUUCCUCUACUACUUCGGCUGCGCCUUCCACCACAACUGGGGGCUUCUCGUUUACCAGCGGAAACACGUCCCAGCCCGGGUCCUCCGGCUUCAGUCUUGGCUCAGUGGGGACCGCGGCCCAGCCUGCGGUGCUGGCUGGGUUACCCUUCACUCUGGCCACGCCGGCGACCACCGGAGCAGGUGCCACCCAGCCAGCCGCUCCUGCCGCCGCCACCACCAGUGCCGGGCCCACGCUCUUCGCCUUGACAGCAAGUGCUCCAGCCUCGUCCACCACCACCAGCCUCUCGCUCUGUGCCCCGGCCACCACCACUGGCACGGCUGCAGGGGGGAUGCUGGGAUUCAGCCUGAAGGCUCCUGGAGUGGCUUCCAGCACAGCUACCGCUACAUCCACUACCUCUGCCACCACCACCGCCACUGCCACUUCCGCCACCGCCACUACCACCACUGGCUUUGCAUUGAAUCUGAAACCCCUGGCACCUGUGGGCCUCUCAGGCACUGUCCCAGCCACCAUCACUGCUCCUCCACCAGGCCCCGGCGCAGGCUCAGGGGCGCCCGCCAGCUCAGCGAUGACCUACGCCCAGCUGGAGAGCCUGAUCAACAAGUGGAGCCUGGAGCUGGAGGACCAGGAGCGGCACUUCCUGCAGCAGGCCACACAGGUCAACGCCUGGGACCGCACGCUGAUCGAGAACGGGGAGAAGAUCACCACCCUGCACCGUGAGGUGGAGAAGGUGAAGCUGGACCAGAGGCGGCUGGACCAGGAACUCGACUUCAUCCUGUCCCAGCAGAAGGAGCUGGAAGACCUGCUGAGCCCGCUGGAGGAGUCGGUCAAGGAGCAGAGCGGGACCAUCUACCUGCAGCACGCCGACGAGGAGCGCGAGAAGACCUACAAGCUGGCGGAGAACAUCGAUGCGCAGCUGAAGCGCAUGGCCCAGGACCUCAAGGACAUCAUCGAGCACCUGAACACGACUGGCAGCCCCGCUGACACCAGCGACCCGCUGCAGCAGAUCUGCAAGAUCCUCAACGCACACAUGGACUCGCUACAGUGGGUCGACCAGAACUCGGCCCUGCUGCAGAGGAGGGUGGAGGAGGUGACAAAGGUGUGCGAGAGGCGGCGCAAGGAGCAGGAGCGCGGCUACCGCAUCACCUUCGACUGAGCGGGGCUGUCCUGGGGGUGUCU